GAUGUAGUGACGAUGAGAUGAGGGAGGAAAGAUGGGGAAAGUGAAAAUGAGAACAACAGGGUUUGUUAUGAGGUUUGUGGGCAAUAACGUAUGUGGCAGCAAUCUAUAAACCCAAAAUACUGCACACGGUUGUUUUUAUUAUCUUUUUCUAGUUGCUCUGAGUUUAGAUUGAGAAUGUGGCUGUGCUUUUAGAGACGUGUUCAUAUCUAAGGAAGAUAUCAAAUUUCGGAUUAGGCUUUUAUUUCGGAGACUUUUCAAGGAACAUGAAAAGAUUAUCCGCGCAGACAGGCCGAGCGACGGAAAGAACUCAGUUCAGCUCCACCCCGGGGAACACCUCACCUCCGCGAAGUUUUUGAGGAAGCCCAGAGCCACAGAGCCCCACCCACUUCUUUCCAGACCACACCAUCCUUCCUCAAUUCCGGCCUCCUCCCUAACCAAUCACCGCUCAGUUCAACGUCAUCACCGAGCGCCAUCAGGUAGCGUGUCGGAGGCCGGACCACGUGUACUGUGUUGACUGUCAAAGUCUCUGGGAGCCCAAUUUCCGGAAGCGGUGAGUUCAGAAAGAAGUUCCUGCACCGUAGUUCCCCAAGCCUGCGAAUCCCCAACCAUGAGCGCCUCAGGCGUACUGUCCUUUACCCAGCAAGGAUGGGAGCAGGUGCUGGCCAAAGUGAAACGGGCUGUGGUUUACCUGGACUCCGCCUGCGCCGAGAGCCUGCACUGGGGCUGCGGAUCCACCCGUCUCCUGGAGGCGGUAGGGGGUCCUGACUGUCACCUGCGAGAGUUCGAACCCGACGCAGUUGGUGGUGGAGCCAAGCAGCCCAAGGUGGUGUUUGUGCUGAGCUGCCUGCUGAAAGGCCGGACUGUGGAGAUCCUACGGGACAUCAUCUGCCGCAGUCACUUCCAGUAUUGUGUGGUGGUCACAGCCGUGAGCCACGCUGUCCACCUCACAGCUAAUCAUGUCCCAGCGGCGGCAGCGGCCGAGAUGGAGGGGCAGCAGCCAGUGUUUGAGCAGCUGGAGGAGAAGCUGUGUGAAUGGAUGGGCAACAUGAACUACACGGCCGAGGUGUUCCAUGUCCCGUUGUUGCUUGCCCCUGUUGCUCCCCACUUUGCCUUGACUCCAGCCUUUGCAUCCCUUUUCCCACUGCUACCCCAGGAUGUGCAUCUCCUUAAUAGCACCCGACCGGACAAGAGGAAGCUGGGAAGCCUGGGUGAUGUGGACGCCACUGCCCUAACCCCAGAGCUGCUGCUGCAGAUCAGGUGCCUAGUGUCAGGCCUCAGUUCUCUGUGUGAACAUUUAGGAGUACGGGAGGAGUGUUUUGCUGUAGGUUCCUUAAGUCGGGUCAUCGCUGCGGAUCUGGCCAAUUAUGCCCCUGCAAAGAACAGGAAGAAGACUGCUGCAGGCAGGGCAUCAGUGGUUUUUAUGGACAGAACCUUGGAUCUCACAGGAGCAGUUGGACAUCAUGGAGACAACUUAGUAGAGAAGAUCAUUUCAGCACUUCCCCAACUCCCAGGCCACACAAAUGAUGUGAUGGUUAACAUGAUAGAGCUCACUGCACUCCAAACUGAGGAGGAAAAUUGUAAUGUGGUUGCACCAGGCUGUCUUGCACAAUCCAAUGACACCACAGCCAAAGCCCUGUGGGAAGCUUUACUCAACACUAAGCACAAAGAGGCAGUGAUGGAGGUUCGGAGACAUCUAGUGGAAGCGGCAAGCAGAGAAAACCUGCCAAUCAAGAUGAGUAUGGGGAGAGUCACACCAGGACAGCUCAUGUCCUAUAUUCAGCUCUUCAAGAACAACCUCAAAGCUCUAAUGAAUCACUGUGGGCUCCUCCAGCUUGGGCUGGCCACAGCUCAAACGUUGAAACACCCACAGACUGCCAAGUGGGACAACUUUCUCGCUUUUGAAAGACUCCUUCUUCAGAGUAUUGGGGAGUCAACAAUGUCCGUUGUGUUAAAUCAGCUGUUGCCCAUGAUUAAGCCUGUAACCCAGAGAACCAAUGAGGACUACAGCCCUGAGGAACUGCUGAUCCUUCUCAUAUAUAUUUAUUCUGUCACUGGAGAGCUCACAGUAGACAAAGACCUGGAUGAAGCAGAAGAAAAAGUCAAGAAAGCAUUGGCUCAGGUCUUCUGUGAGGAAUCUGAAUUGUCACCUUUGCUGCAAAAAAUUACAGACUGGGACUCUUCAAUUAACCUAACAUUUCACAAAUCCAGAAUUGCUGUGGAUAAACUCUUUACUUCACUUCGGGAUAUUGCUGGAGCUCGGAAUCUCAUGAAACAGUUUAAGUCUGUAUAUGUUCCUGGAAAUCAUACCCACCAGGCAUCUUAUAAGCCAUUGUUGAAGCAAGUUGUGGAGGAAAUAUUUCAUCCCGAGAGGCCAGAUUCCAUUGAUAUUGAACACAUGUCUUCAGGUCUCACUGAUCUCCUUAAAACUGGAUUUAGCAUGUUCAUGAAGCAUCUAUCCAGCUCAUGAAUAAAAUCUAUGCCUGGGCUGGUCAUCGAGACAGCCAGUGUGAAUGAGCUCCCUCGAGGGUCAUCUGCUGCUACCUCAUCUGCAUCUCUGGGACUUGGCCCUGGGACUCAUUGGCAGCACUCCCCAGGAGAAUAAGUGUGUGCAUUGGAGUUGAGUUGCCUCUACACAUUGCAUCUUCAUUGUGUAUUAGCUACCAACAGUUAUUGCUCAUUUCUUUCUUGUCACUUGCUGCCCUGCUUUGUUCUUCUGGAAUCUGCUCCCUCCUCCCCUUCUCACUCAAGACCCACCAGUGCUGAGCCAGAAAGACACGAAAAGGCAAAUUCUGCUGAAUAAAGUUAUCAAUGUGGAAUCCUUCCCGUGCUCAGGGUGCUGCUGUAGAAAUGGGAGAAUUCUAGAGCCUGAAAGGCUCUAGCUGAGCUGCUCAUCCAUCCCUUCCCUAUCUCUGAACUCAAAGAUGGUUUCGUGAUAGUGCUGACACAGGGACACCCAGAAACAGGGUCUAUAGACUGUACGGGGAUGAGGGCAGAUUGAGAGGCUGGUGAGAGAUGCGCUGGGUAACAGAGCCAGCAGUUACUCCCGUGGGGUGUAGAGUGUGUGCCCUCACAGCAGGUGAUGGAAGGAACACAGGAGAACAUUGUCCAGGCCCCACGUGGCUUCUUCAGGGCUCUAUACAUUUUGUUCAUACUUUUGUAGCUGCAGUCAUAUACUGUUUUGUGUCUAUACAUAUUAGGUACCUUUCUCCAGACUGUUUUUCUUCAGACUAGUGUUUUCCUAACUGCACAACUUGAUUCACUGCACAUUAGUGGAUCAAGAUAUCAGUCCAAUGGUUUUGAACAGCAUGUUUUACUGAAAAAGAACAGAACAGACUAGAUCAGAGUUCACUGCAUCUAGCAAGAUAAAAUAACACAACCCAGUCGCACAUAGAUACACACGCAUUAUUUAAAUGUUUUCUUAUCAAAAGAAUGUGAACGCUAUCACCGUGAGAAUCAGAAAGCUGAUUCUUUUCUUUUCUGCAUCCUCAGUGGUCGGUACCUGUAUAGGCCUUACAAACAGCAGAGUCUCACCAAAAGUUGGGAGGGUGGUCAGGGUGGACCUGUUUUAGUCCUUAUUCAGAAAGCAGCACAGCUCCAAGGCACUGGUUCCUCUUUCCAACUACUGCUCUUAAGCCAAAAGCUUCUAUCUCAGUUUCACAGGGGUUGCAAGGUAGCAGCCCCAAUCACUCAACUCCAGUGACCCUCAGAGGAGGCCCUGACCCUCCUUUCCAGCAGCUACUAAGCAAGGCAAAGCUGGUCAUUGCUUCAUCUGUAGGUAACCCCAAAGAAGCAGCAGCCCACUCGCUCUUGCCUCGCCCACCAUGCGUUGAUGUGCACAAGGGGAAGGAAGCCUGCCUCCACCUCUGUCAAAGAAAUCUGAUGCUCUCUUCUCCUUUCCACACUGACAGUGUGCAAAUCUGUUUCUUCCAACUUCUUUGUUUCUCUAGAGAACAGAACAGAACAGAAGUAAACGAGUGUAUUUUGUAGACUGAGAAAUUCAAGGAAUCAAGAGGAGAAAUGUCCUCACAGAGUGGUCACAUAGGAGAAUGAGUGACACCAAGGGAGAUUUGAGGCUCUUUCCUAUUUAACAGCUUUAUUUUUUAAGUUACAUUUUAUAAAUGAUAGACAGCUGUCUCUUUCAUGCAUUCCUUCCUCAUGCCAUCUACUAUAAGCUAUGCUAAUAGCAAUCACUUCAUUCUACUGUGUUUGUUUACAACAGCCAACAGAGAGUAGUGGUAACACAUCUGGAGUCACAUUAUUUGGGUUAGAACCUGAGCUCCACCAUUUACUAGCUAUGUGACCUUGGGCACAUCUCUUAACCUCUUUGUGCCUAAGUUUCAUCAUCUAUAGAUCAGGGAUGAUAAUAGCAUCUACUUUUGGGGGCUAUUAUGAUAAUUAAAUAAAUGAAUGCAUAUAAAGCACUCAGAACAAUGUCUGGCCCGUAGUAAGUACUACAUAAGUACUUGCUAUUAUUAUUUUUAUGGGUUUGUAUCCCUGCCACACUGUGACGUCUGAAAAGAGCCACCUUUAAUACCCUUGUAUGCCUGUACGUAGCCAGUGCUCAAGUAUUUGGGGCACAAAGCCUAACUGUUGGGUGAACAAGUGAAUUAAAUAGAAUAGAAUAGAUAUGCUGCCCCCCCAAAAAGUCACAAACAUUUCAUAUUUCACUACUGAUUUGCUCUUGUCAGAAAGGCAUGGAGUGCUGAGUGCUCUUCUUUUGCUGUGCCUGUGGGAAGCCGUGUUCAUAAGGCAGUAAUGUGUUUUUCCAGACUCCUCUUUUCCUUUUCCACUGUGAGUAACUUGUUGAGCUCCUCAGUCUUGGGAGACAUCGACUGUCCUUCUUGGGGCAAACUGUAGGGAGCCAGUGAAAAUCUGGACACAUGCCGUCACAAGCUGUUUCACAGGAAUGGAGGCCAGCAGGGCUAGACCCUGGCCAACACAGAGGCAGAAGCCCCAGGCAACUCAGGCCCACAACUCUCCCAGGAGUACUUCAGCAGUGCAGUCUUCACGUACGGGAACUGAGCAAGAGCUCUGCUCUGCAAAGGUUUGCUGCUGCUCCUCGGGCAACCUCAGCACUGCAGGGAAAUGGAGACCUCCAUUCCAGGUACUUGGAAAUGGCUCACAGAACUCAAUCUUAUUUAUGUACAUUUUUGCAGGCAGCGAAAGUUAAGAAAAAUACCUGUGUGUCUAAGAUUAUCUGCAUCAAACAAAUCCUCUAUGAUAGGAAAGUCAGGGUAGCUGGAUUUUGCCUUUACUAGAGUCAGAAUUUCAUCUGCGUCAUAUUGCAACUGGUUGAACUUCCUUUCUUUGCAGUGUUUAGCAUGCAUUCCUGUUGAAAUCAGAUUGUCCAGAGAAGUCUUUCAUCUCCACCUGUUCUGGUUAUCUAUUGCUACAUACCAAGUCAUCCCAGAUCAUUGAUUUAAAAUAGUACUGAUCACUCAUUUUAUUCAUAAUCUACACUCUGGGUAGAGCUCAGUAGGGAAGGAUUCACCUGCAAGAUGGCUCAUUCAUAUAGUCAGAAAGUAGACGCCGAGUGGUAGCUGGCAUCGAGGGGCCUCAGUUUCUCUCCAUGUGGGCCUUUUCAUGUGGCCAAGAUUUCUCACAGCAUGGCAGCUGCAUUCCAAGGGCAGGCAUCCUAGGAGAGAGCCAGGAUUCAGAUGUAUUGUAUUUUAUGACCUAGCCUCAAAUGCCACAUAACAUCACUUCCACAGCACUGUACUCUAUUUGUCAAGGCUAUCACAAAUGCCCACCCAGGUUCAAGAGGAGGGGACACGCACUUUUCCUCUUGAAAAUGGAUCAAGAGCAUGAGGAACAGAAAAUAUUGUCAUGGGCACUUUUGGAAAAUACAAUCUGUACUCCACCUAAAUAUGUUUGGCUGUCAAGCUGAGCAAGGCAGUGUUUGGCUAAUCCUAGGAGUUUUCCCUCCAAUCUAGAGGAUGGAAAAAUCACUCAUGCUUCUAAGCUGGUUUCAAAAUAAGUGAGCCCAGAAAGGCUUUGUCAAUAAAAGGCCUGUUUGCUAUUCUUCCAUAUGUUUUUUAACAAUAUAAUAUUUUUAAAAAUACUUCCUGAUAAGAAACUGAGCUGGGGAACUUUCCUCUCCCAAGUUUGCUCCAUCAAGUCCCAUAAAGUAAGCCAGAUGAGCUGGGGAGAAGAGCAAGUAUACCCACUAGAUCAUUUUUCCAGCAGUUCUGAGAAGUGUUUGAAGUAACUUGAUGUACUUCUCAACCAGAGGAUAGACUUGCGGUUAGCCACACAGAGCUGUCAGCUUCAAAGGGCAGUGUGUGAAGCCCACUAGGGGGUGGUUCUAGCAAACUAGGGAGAAAUAGCUUUGGCAGAACCUGACAUUCUUAAAACAGCCUUUUCUCCAAAAUCCUUGUGCAUGGAAUACCUUGAGCUCCUUAGAGAAAAGCUUGAUAAUGAUCUAAUAAAUAAAUCAAAACAUACCUUACCCCUCUCCCUACAACAUUAAUUUAAUUUAAAACUAGCAUGUCUAAUAGGCAGCACUUUUAAAGUGCAUUUCUGGAAUUUGUGGUUUGGAUCUCAAUCUCCUGAAAAUAAUUUAUUUUCUAUCUACUCCAUAUGUUUGGACCUCAGCUUGUUUUGACUAAAGGACAUGAUUUGUCAAGAUGUUUUCUCUGAUAAAAUUGACAUGAGGAGGUUGGGUUUUAUCUAAUGAAACUGCAUGAGGCCCUUUUACCUCCUUUUAAGUGUGCUUUUUAAGAUGUUCUUUCUUUGUUCUUUCAUUUCUUAUGUGGCCAUGCUUAAUUGGAAAAAAUUUUUUAAACUAUGAAAAAGACUCACAGAAAGCCCAGUGCUUACCUCUGGGUCCCUUAUCUAAGUGGAUAUGAGUCUCCCAUUGCCUUAAGUGGCAACAAAAAGAGGACCACAAGGAGAACUAGAGCAACUGCUCAGGUAGGCUUUGAAAAGCUGCUGGUGUUGAGGGGUAAGAGUUAAAACUCUUUCCAUUGGAAGUAAGAUGCCAACAAAUUGUAAUAACUUAACUAAAGGAAAAUUUAUUAUGAGGCCCAUGGGAUGUCCUGGGGAACCCAAGGGCAGCGAUGCAAGAGACCUCAGGGAGGAUUGAGACUAAGAACUGGAAAGCCAUCAGGAAACCAGACAGUUCUAUGAGACCCAUUCUGCCCUGAAUGAGAACAGUGCCCUGCAUUUUGUAGAUUCUCAAUAAAUAGUAUAAAUGAAUGGUUGAGUAGAGUAGCUAUGCCACAGCUUUGACUGAACCUCAUUUAUCUUCAAGCUUUUGAGGUUAAGCUUCAAUUCCCAGGGAAGGGCCUCUAGUUGGCCCACCCUGGGUCAGGGGGCCAUUCCAGAACCAAUCAACUGUGACUGAAGGACAGGGUCACACUGUGACUGCAUGGAUGCUGGGACCCUUUCGUAUGACCAUGUGGACAGGAGAGAUUGUUGGCUUGUGGAUUGGACAGAUACCUGCAGAAGAAUCUAUAACAGGGGUAAAGGAUGCUUUGGAAUGCAGAACAAAAAUCAUGAGCUGUCAGUAAAGAUUGAUGUCAGGUCCUUGGAUGGUGAGAGCUGAACAUGCCUUGGAGGUCAUGUAAUCCAGUUACACAUUGUUCGUAUAAGAAAAACAAGACAGGGUGCAGUAGUCCUCCUGUAAUUCCAGCUGCUGGGGAGGGUGAGGCAGGAGGAUCGCUUGAGCCCAGAUGUUUGAGAAUAGCUUGGGCAACAUAGCAAGACCCUGAAAAAAGAAAGAGAAAAAAGAAAGACUAGA